CCUCAUCGCCUCCAGCUUCUUCCUGUCAUCCUCAAACCUCAUCAGCAACUCCUCCUGCUCCUCCUUUUGCUUCUCCCUCAGCUGGAAUCUGUACAAUCCUUCCAUCUCCUGCCUCUUCUUCUCCGCCCGCUCAAUCAUCUUCUUCCUUGCCUCCUCCGCCUCGGACCUGCUCGCCGGUGCGUUCCUGCCCCCUCUCGUCACAGUAACGAAACCAUCCUCAUCCGGCUCGUUGCGCAAUCUCUUGGAAAUCUCGGCGGCUUCCUUCUCCCUUCUGGCAAAAACAGCAGAGAAAGCGUCGACCGCUUGUUGAAGGGUGGCAGGGUCGGGGUAGCAGAGCCGGUUAUGUUGCUUGACCCAGACUGAUCCCAACGCAGGGACUUUAUCAGCGACACCAGCGCCCCAUUCGGGGUACUUCUUCGUCUUGGAAGCCUUGGCACAUGCUUUGAGGACUUGCUCGACGGAUUUCUCGUCUGCUAGUAAUACCACCGCUGUGCUGCCUGACCUUCGUAGCGGGCGGGUCCAAGUCGAGGGGAGCCUGGCGGCCUCGUCUUCCUUGCUUCUUUCCGCGUCUUCUUCUUCCUCGCGUUUUCGCUUCUUGGUGCUACCGUGCGCUCGGAGGAGGUGGACGGCGUUGACUGGGACGGCGGCGUCCAGUGGGGAGAGCUUGUGGGCGGUGUCUUUGCGCUCGUCUUCAAAGGUGGCGGAUUCGAAGCGGCCGGGUCCCACUAGUGAUGCAAAGAGGGAGCGGAGGUGGAUGUCGGUGCUGUCGACUGGGCAGUUGGUGAGGAAGAGGGAGCGGGAGUCGGUUGGGGUGGGAAUCUUGGGGGUGUUGCGGCGGAGGUAGAGGUAGUGGGUUGUUGGUUUGGGGAAGGAGGGUAAUGGUGGGAUGGAGAUGGGGAGGACGGUGAAGUCCCCUAAUGUGGGGGGCGUUGAAGGCAUUUUAUGGGAUGUAGGGAUGAAUUUGGCUGGUGAACGCGUGUGGGAGAUGGUCGCGAUGAAUUGAGUGGUUGAUUGAAGGUCGAGAAACUUUUGUGACCCACUUUGGCAUUUGCGGCGUUAUCCAUGUUAGUCUACUGGUUGGCCUGCGAUAGGCGAUAAGAACUGAGCUUAUCGGAGCGGCGGUAGUGACGAUGAAUUGGGGCAAGUGCUUUGAGCUCAUGCUUCCGAUUUGUAUGAAUGAUCGGUCUUUUGCUGCUGGCGAUUCGGUCACAUCAUGACCAGCUCUAAAAUGCCGCUUUCCGCCAUUUUCGUCAAUGACUUUUUGACUAUAAAUCUGCUUGUUUUUUGAGAAGCCCCCUUCAGCUCCCAGGAUGCUUCGUUGAUUUUUCAUGAGUGGUUACACACAUACCUUGACCUCAAGUCCCAACCAAUGUACGCCGAGUUGAUGAGAUUUACUAAGAGUUACCGUCACAAGAGAAUGACUGGCUUGGAUAGUGUCUCAGCUGGUGCUACCACACCCAAGCGGUCACGUCUCCUAUCAUUUAUCAACUUCCCCGGCACCCGCCGCAAAAAUGUUGAACAACCACCGCCUUUCCUCGAGUUCCGUUCCUCCACCUUCUUUAUCCUCCUCACCGUCUGUUUGGCUAUUUUCACCGACAUUCUGUUCUACGGCCUAAUCGUGCCCGUUUUCCCAUUCAGCCUCUUGGAACAGAUCGGGUUGGCAGAAAACAAAGUGCAAGAAUGGACCGCCAUCCUGCUCGCCUGUUACAACGUCACUCUUUUCCUGGGUGCCCCGAUUGUCGGGUUUUACGCCGACCAUUCCUCAUCGCGUAGAUGGCCGCUGCUUCUUGGGCUGGUGGCGCUCUGCGGGUCUACCCUACUGUUGUGUUUGAGCAAGACGAUUGCCCUGCUUGUGGUGGGGAGGCUGCUCCAAGGACUGAGUGCCGCCAUCGUUUGGUCGGUUGGGCUGGCAUUGUUGGUCGACACGGUCGGGAGAGACAUCGGUUAUGCCAUGGGAUAUGUCACGAUUUCCAUGUCGGUAGGCUUGCUGAUCUCACCGGUUAUUGGUGGGGCGGUAUACGAAGCAGCUGGCUACUAUGCUGUGUUCUAUAUCGCCUUUGCAGUUGUAGCCUGCGAUAUCGCUCUCCGCCUGGUGUUGGUCGAGAAGAGAGUUGCUCAACAAUGGGUCGUAGGACCUGAGUCUUCGGAAGCUGAAAGUGCAACUACAACUACCGAUAACAGGGAAGAUGUGGAAAAGCAGGUCCAAGCAGCAAGCCAUGCAGGAGCCGACCCAGCCUUGCCACCCUCACCGACCCGAGCCGGAACCAGUUCCGGUGACCCGAUUGCAGCAUUGUCGACGCCGGUCCUGAAUCCUGCAAAACACCCCCAUUGGGAGCUAAUCAAGAAUCGUCGCAUGUUAGCUGCCUUGGUUGGCAUAGCGAUUGAAGCGUGUAUCGUGUUCGCGUUUGAUACUGUGAUUCCGCUCUACGUUAAACAAACAUUCGAAUGGAACUCGACGGCAGCCGGCCUGAUCUUCAUCUGUGUCAUGGUCCCCGGUUUUGUAUCUCCGAUUGUUGGUAAGCUCGCCGACAAGCAUGGCGCCAAGUGGUUUUCAGUCGCCGGGUUUGCCCUCUCUAUCCCGCCGUUGGUCUGCCUUCGAUUUGUGACGCGUAACACGAUAGAGCACAAGGUCUUGCUUUGUGCACUUUUGACGUUGUUGGGCGUUACACUUGUUACCUUGGCCAACACACCCCUCAUGGCAGAAAUAACCUACGCUAUCGAUGAGCGUGAGGCUCAACAGCCGGGAGUGUGGGGUGAAAAGGGGGUCUACGGUAUCGCCUAUGGUCUAUUCACCACUGCAUACGCUCUCGGUGGGACGAUUGGCAGCAUCACAGCUGGGUACAUCCAAGCAGGACCAGGUUGGGGAACCACCACAUGGUAUUGUGGUGUGUGGGCUGCGGCAGGAGCGGUUGUCUCUUUUUGGCUUGGGGCGAGGCCUGAUGAGGUACCCAAAAGACAAAGACCCGAUGAAGAACUACCGGCAUCAACAAGCGGGGUUAUGUAGCAGGACUCGGGGAGAAGUACGGGAUGAGUGAUCACAAGUGCAGUUCUUCAACAUUUCUAGCGUGCAAUGGGUGAUAUCUUUACCCACUUUUGAACGGCCGUCGCAUGCUCAACACAGCAUCAGCUGACGCAGACCGGAACAUGCAGCCGGCUAUCUUGACGAAGCCACCCGGCCGAUCCAUUAGAUCUCAAUGGUAAUACGUCCAACCCCACGGCUGACGCAC